AUGUUCCUCGAGAGCAUUGCGGCCAACUUGGUCAACAAGUUUUGUCGGCGAUUUAUCAAAGAUUUCAAAAAGGAGAACUUGUCGCUGAGCUUGUCCGGCGAAGUCGUGCUGACGCAGUUCGAGCUGAACACCGAUGAGAUCAAGCAGCUCCAGCUCCCGGUGGAGCUCAAGAGCUUUUGUGUCGGCAAGUUGCGGUUGCGCGUGCCUCUCGUCCAUCUCACGACGCAGUCGCCCGAGAUUGAACUGAGUGACGUAAACGUCCUUUUGGGCACCCCGCGGGACCCCAAGUGGGACGUCGAUUCGCUGUAUGUGGCAGAACAGAGCAAGAUCUUUCUCAUGACGCUCCUGCUGGACCUGUUCUCGUCCGACCCGUCAACGUCGCCGAUAAGCCACCACCGCCACAUCAACAAACCCCCCAAGGGCAAUCACGGCCAGAUCACACCGUCGAUUGCCGCGCUCAUUCAAAAUAGCCACAUUACGAUUGAGCGCAUCCACGUUCGAUUUGAAGACGGGCUAGCCGGCGACACCCUCGUGGACGUCGAGGCGACUGCGGCGCCGUCCUACGCGUUAGGCGUGACUCUGGAGAGCCUGAUUGUGUAUCCAUCGACGCCGUCGACUGCGACCGCCAUACCCGCCUCCGACAAAGUUUUGUCGCUCAAGGCCUUGACCGUAUACUUGAAGUCCGACUCCCUUUUUGAAGACAUGGCCCCGAACGAUCGAGCAGCCGCGUUUCGCACGCCUUUCGACGCUCCUUCUGUCCCCGCCGCCACCAAGGCACACCUGCCGCUGCUUGAGCCCUUGUCCGUGGACGUCCAAGUCCAGAUGACACUACUGCCCGUGGUUCAGUUGGCCUUCAAAAUCCACGUGCCCAUCGUCCACAUCAACAUUGCGCCGGCGCACUAUCAGUUUUUGGAUGCAUUCCUGACGCAUGUGGACCGGUUCGAUCGAUUCAGCCUGUACCGCCGGUUCCGCCCCGUCAUGGCCACCGACCCGUUGUCGAAGGUGGAAGGGAAGCGCACGAACUGGAAGGACUGGUGGCGGUAUGCGAUCGUGGCCGUGAUGAUGGACCUGAACGACCCCGUGCGCCGCAAACCCACGUGGAGAUCGACGCUCAACCUCGUGCUCGUCGGGCUGCAGUACACCGCGCUGCGCCGAGCGGUAGCCCCAUACUUGAUCCGACAAACCACGGGCACUGCGGACCACCACUUUUUGCAGUACCGCGAGGAUUUCAAAGGCAACGAGAGCGAUUCCAAGUCUCCGGUCGAUCGAUCCCUCACGUUUGCAUCAGCGUUCAUCCCCAAGCAUGUGACGCAUUUUGGCGACGGCAUUUUUGCGGGCGUAUACGGUCUGUCCCGGUGCUUUGUUCGUCACGCGCAUGGCCCCGCGACAAAGCCAUCUGCCACUUGCACGGCCGACGACGCUGCGGCGGCGGCAACCCGCCAAGCGGAGCCGGUGGCAGUCGACUCGGAAGUCGCAGACGCCAAAGCGUUGUGGCACCGUCAGCUUUGCAUUGAUGCGAGCUUCCGUCCUGUGAUCGUCGCCAAGCUGCGGGCCCUGGCCGUGCGGCAGAUGGACCGCAAGGAGCACAAGGCGGCGGUCUCGACCAAAUUGCACAACACGUCCAAGGGCACUUUGACGUUGACGUUGAUGGAGGGCCACGGCAUUCCAAAGCCGAUGGUGCUCUUUUGCAAAGUCAAGGUUGGGCACAAAGGUACGCCGUACACGGGCGAGCUCGUGCACUGCGAGCCACCGCCUCGUGGCGCCGGGGAGCGCUCGUCAUUGGCCGUCCUUUUUGCUCAAUCGUACGAAUUCCGCGUCGAGGGAGGUCCAAAUGAAGAUUUUCUCCACGUCAACUUGUUUGACCGGUGGCCCAUGUUCAACCAGUUUGUCGGCAAGUUCCGCAUCCCCAUGGCAGCGCUGACGUCGACGAGCCACUCGGAUCAAGCCGUCGUGGUCGAAUCUGCCGACAUGAAGGCCCAUCGCAUGCAGCUGCAUUUCUUGAGCGUGUUUGUGCCGGACGCGGCGGCGACGACGCCCAAGGCGAAAGGUGCCGCCACGGACGCGCAAACAACCGAGCCCACGUUUGCAUCGUCCACAGCCAUGAUGCAGGCGGUGUACCCUGGCGUAUUCGCCUCGAAACCGCACUCGACAUACUCUUGGUACAUGGACAAGGUCCAGCCGACAUUGCAAAGCCUGACCAUGGAAGCGACGCUGGCCAAGCUCGACGUCACGUUUGUGUUGCCAUCCAGGGGCACAACAGCCAAGCAGCCGUCCGCAUCGUCCAUUUUGUUGGGGAAGGUUGCGUCUGCCCGCCACGACCUGCUCGCGAUCGAGCUGCGCGCGAUGCAGUACCGGCUCAAGUUUGUACCGUCGCACCUCAAACAUGCGAUGGUGAUCGGGCGCUUGGACAUGCAUCACGCAGUCAGCGACGGAUGGGAGCGCAAGACGACGACGAGGUUUUUCCAAGCUCCACGACAUGUUCCCGCCGACGACGCCGACGACUCCGGGUCCCCCUUUGCCUCGUUCGAGCAAGUGCUCGACACCCACCAGCCCGUCAAGUCGAAAAUAUCGACGCAGGACGUCCAAGUGACUGUGGACAUUCCCGUGCUCCUCCGCCACGUCAUGUUUGUCGUGAACAAAGUUCCUGAAUUAACCGUGCUGUCGUCGCUGUUUGCCGCGCCGGUCUAUCAAGCCAUGAUGAAGUAUACUCGCGGCGGCGAAGACGAUGCGACCGACGACGACGCCGCCGCGCGUCCGCCCGAUAGUGCGCAACUGCCCAUGUCAACUUGCAAGGAUGCCGACAGAACGGCGUCUCGAUCGACUACAAGCAGUGGCAUGACGAGUCCCCGGUUCUUGGGGACGUGGAAGUGGACGUCAGAGCGUUCUAGUGCCACAGCGCCGCCGCCGGCGAAACUAGCCACGACGCCAACGGGCAAAGGCAGAGACCGCAGUACCGAGUUUCACGCGCAUAUUGAACUGGGUGCGCUGCAUCUUGCUCUUGCCGGCGCAGCCGCGCAGCCCUCGAUGGACAGCCCUGACAAUGGUGCUGGCGGCGGGAACCCAGACCGAAACGAGCCCGGCGACGGACCGUUCAACGUGCUGGAAGUGGUGGUGCCGGGGUCGGCUUUGCACGUCGUCGGGGGCAAAGGCCUCCCGACCGAGAUCAAGUCUGGAAACUCGACGGCCCUUGUCAAAAUGGACCGCGAUGUUCCGUGGGUCCUGCAGCAACUCGACAGAAUCGGGCGCGUCGUGCACCGGCAGCUCAAAGUGGACGCCCGCCCUUUUUACGAUAAGCCGCACUUGGCCAGUCGGUACAAGGUGCAGCGAUUCGAGUACGAGAUCCACGAGCUCGAACGGCAACUCGCCAUGUUUCGCGUGCUGAUCCGCCAAGUGGUGGCCUCGCCGUCCACGUACCACAUCGACCCUGCCGACUGCGCGUCGUUGCGGCUCAUGGUGCGCGACAUGCAGCCCAAAGUCAUCGACGCGACCCCCGCGACGAUCUCGACCGUUCAAUUUGAUGCGAUGCGCAUGGUACUUCAGCAAGGCAUGACCGUACUCAAGCACAACGUACGUCAAGGCGACCCGUCGUGGCGCGUGCUGUGGCUGCACGAGCGCCCCGGGAAUGGUACCGACAAGUCGAAUUCGUCGGCAGCGCUAUGUUUGGCCAAGAGAAACGACCGCAAACAUGCCAAAGUGCUGCCGCUGGCGUCGAUUGCGGCCAUGGCAACGGACGUGAUGACUCCCGCCCUGGCCAGGACAGGACUCGCCACCGCGAUCGGCACGUACUUGGUCCUCCAAGUCGUCGACGAAGUCAAACCGGUCAGCCUCGAAUUUGCCUCGGCCGAGCUCCGAAAUCUUGUCGCGACCACGAUAACCCGUCUGCUGCCCGCUUCGAAGUAG